GUAAAGAUCAACAAUCUCUCAUGAACCACCAGACGUUUCCGAGUAUUGACCGAUGUUCGUCCAUCGGUCGGGAGAAGCACACGGUAGUUGCCGACAUGGACGGGACGUUGCUUUGUGGCCGUAGCUCGUUCCCUUACUUUGCCCUCAUCGCGUUUGAGGCCGGUGGAGUGUUGAGGCUUUUGUUCUUGUUGUUGGCCUCCCCCUUUGCUGGAAUUUUGUACUACUUCAUUUCCGAGUCUGCUGGAAUCCGUGUGCUCAUAUUUGCCACUUUUGCGGGAAUGAAUGUUUCCGACAUCGAGUCAGUGGCACGAGCAGUUCUACCAAAGUUCUACGCACAUGACUUGCAUGUGGAGACAUGGAGGGUAUUCUCAUCAUGUGGAAAACGGUGUGUUUUAACUGCGAACCCUAGAAUCAUGGUGGAACCAUUUCUCAAAGAGUUCUUAGGUGCUGACGUGGUCAUUGGAACUGAAAUUCACACAAUCGGCCAACGAGCCACAGGUUUGAUUCAGAGUCCUGGAAUCAUAGUCGGCAAGAAUAAGGCUACAGCUGUCGAACAAAUUCCAGAGCCAGACAUUGGGAUUGGUGACCGAAAAACUGAUUACCCCUUUAUGAAGCUCUGCAAAGAGGGAUAUGUAGUUCCAGCGAAGCAGGAGGUUAAGCCGGUCACCGUCGAUAAAUUGCCUAAGCCAAUCGUUUUCCAUGAUGGCCGGUUGGUUCAAAAACCGACGCCAUUUAUGACGAUGGUUUUAAUUCUAUGGAUUCCGGUGGGAUUUGUUUUGGCUUGCUUGCGGAUUGCUGCCGGUUCUCUUCUUCCGAUGCCGUUUGUGUAUUAUGCGUUUUGGGCUCUUGGCGUUCGGGUCGAAAUCAAAGGUACACCACCCCCUCCGGCAAAGAAAUCCACCGGCCAAACCGGCGUCCUUUUCAUAUGUUCACAUCGAACCCUCCUCGAUCCAAUCUUCCUCUCAACUGCUCUCGGUCGUCCGAUCCCUGCUGUGACAUACUCUAUCUCCCGCCUCUCAGAGGUCAUUUCUCCUAUCAAAACCGUCCGCCUAAGUCGUGACCGAGCAGCCGACGCCUCAAUGAUCAAGAGCCUACUCCAAGAAGGUGACUUAGCAAUAUGCCCUGAAGGGACGACUUGCCGGGAGCCGUUCCUACUUCGAUUUUCGGCGUUGUUCGCAGAGCUAACCGACGAGAUUGUUCCGGUGGCAAUGUCCAACCGAAUGAGCAUGUUCCAUGGGACGACGGCGAGAGGAUGGAAAGGAAUGGACCCGUUUUACUUCUUCAUGAACCCAAGUCCGGUGUACCAAGUGACGUUUUUGAACAAAUUGCCGUACGAACUCACGUGCGGUGGCGGCGGAAAAUCGAGCCAUGAGGUGGCAAAUUACAUUCAAAGGAUGAUCGCUGCAACAUUGUCUUAUAAAUGCACCAACUUUACUAGAAAAGAUAAGUACAGAGCUUUAGCUGGAAAUGAUGGCAUUGUUGUUGAAAAAUCCAAGGUUCAAUCUACGAAGAUAAUGGGUUGCUAGAGAUUCAUGGUGAAACUUUACUCUCUGUAACCCAAUAAUAUUGUAGAAUUGUAUCAAAAAAUAUACCAAUUUGGGAGGGUUUUUUUCCCUUUAAAUUUUACAAUCGAUCAAA